GAGAAACAAAACAUAGCAGCAGCGGUGGCGGUCAACGGUUGAAGCUAGCUGCACAUCGACCUCACACUAGAUAGUCGUCGUUAAUUAGCCAAGCCAAUUAACAAAGACUAGCUCCUUGUCGAUCGACGGGCACACAGUUCAGAACAGCCGGUCGCCGGAGGUGUGGAGGAGGAUCUCGGAAUCGGAUCGAGCGAUGGCGGCGCUAGCAGGGCGGGGGGAGGAGCUCCUGGAGCAGCUCCGGGCGCUACUGUUCUUACCUGCUGCUUCCUCGGCGACACCGGCAGCUAAUAAGGUGGAGUCCGCCGCCGUCGGACCAGGUGGUGGUGCUGUUGCUGCUCCGUCGUCGUGCGGACGACGGCGCCGACGACAGGGCCAGGAGGGCGGCAAGAGAGACCGGGACGACGAUGGCGUCAGGGAUGGCGAGCAUGCAGCUGAUGAUGAUGGUGCACGGCCUCAGCAUCCUCCUCCUCCCCGCUGCUGCAAAAGAAGGAAGAAGAAGAAGCAAGAGAGCAAGUCGACUGUGACGUCAGUGCUCGACUUCGAUGGGUACCGGUGGAGGAAGUACGGGCAGAAGCAGAUCGAAGGUGCCAUGUACCCGAGGAGUUACUACAGGUGCAUACGGAGCGCGGAGCAGGGCUGCCCGGCCAAACGGACGGUGCAACGCAACGACGACCACGGCGGCGGCGCCGCUGUCGCCCCAGAGUACACGGUGGUGUACAUGGCGGAGCACACCUGCACUGCCGAUGAUGACUACCUGCAAGCGGCGCCGGUCAUCCUUGACACCGCCACUGUCGUCGUCCCAUCCGCUGCUGCUGCUGCUGCUAGCAGCGCCGGCGCCACCGCUAAUGAGGGACGACGACGACCUCAAGAUGAUAACGACAGUACCUACACCGAUAUCAGCAUCGUCAUUCCGACUACGUCAGCUGGCUCUUGUUCUACCACCAGUACCACCAUCACCACCGGCACUGAAUCUCGGGCGACCUCGAGCGACGACGUCACCUGCUGGAGUAGCAGCAGCGGCACCAGCAGCGAUUAUAAUAGGGCCCAUUAUAAUAAUAAAACCGAUGACUUCUACUACGGCGGGUUGUUCGCCGCCGCUGCCCAUGACGGCGGCGGCUGGACCAUCGGACCGGCAGACGACUCGGCGUCGUUGCAGGAGAUCUGGGACUUGACCGGACCGAUCCGGUCACCGGUGCACGUCCCCGCGCUUGGUUGGAAUUGGAACAUGGACCAGCAGCUCCUACUGCAGCUCGUUAAUGAGCCUGGCUGCCAUUUCUGAUCUCCGGUUUGUCUUUGUGGCUCAGUAGCUCGUUGAUGGAUCGGACGUACAGUUUCACUGUUCAGUGAUAUAAAAUCAAUGACGACAAAAAUAUAGCUUUUAAGUUUCUUUUACAAUUUACUCCAAAUAAUAUUGUAUGCAUAUAUAUACUCUUGUUUAUUUGUCUUGUUGUAAAUACUGUAUGCAUAUAUAUACUCUUGUUUAUUUAAGUUUCUUUUACAAUUUACUCCAAA